AUGGCCGGCCUGUAUUCUGCUUGGAACAUGAGCCCAGUCAAUCCUGUGCAACAGUCCAGGCCCUUCAUAGAGAUCAUCGAGCAGCCCAAACAGAGGGGGAUGCGCUUCAGGUACAAGUGCGAGGGGAGGUCCGCCGGCAGCAUCCCGGGAGAGAAGAGCAACGACACCACCAAGACUCACCCCGCCAUCAAGGUGCACAACUACAGCGGCCCCAUGCGUGUGCGGAUCUCCCUGGUCUCCAAAAACCCUCCGCACAAGCCCCACCCCCACGAGCUGGUGGGCAAGGACUGCAAGCAUGGAUACUACGAGGCGGAUCUGCAGGAGCGCCGCAUACACAGUUUCCAGAACCUGGGGAUCCAGUGUGUGAAGAAGAAAGAUGUGGUUGAGGCCAUCACCUGUCGCCUGCAGACCAGCAACAACCCCUUUAAUGUUCCAGAAGCCAAAGUGUGGGAGGAGGAGUUUGACCUGAACUCCGUGCGCCUGUGUUUCCAGGCCUCCAUCACUCUGUCGUCAGGAGACAUGUUCCCUCUGGAACCAGUGGUGUCUCAGCCCAUCUACGACAACCGAGCACCGAACACUGCCGAGCUGAAAAUCUGCAGAGUCAACCGCAACUCUGGCAGCUGUAAAGGAGGGGACGAGAUCUUCCUUCUGUGCGACAAGGUGCAGAAGGAGGACAUCGAGGUGCGAUUCUUCCAGGACGCGUGGGAGGGAAAGGGCACGUUCUCCCAGGCCGACGUGCACAGACAGGUGGCCAUCGUGUUCCGCACCCCGCCCUUCCACGACGGCAACCUCUCGAAACCCGUCAGCGUCAAGAUGCAGCUGCGGAGGCCGUCCGACAAGGAGGUCAGCGAGCCCAUGGACUUCCAGUACCUGCCCCAGGACCCAGACGAGUUCAGGCUGAACGUGAAGAGGAAGUGCACGGCCGACAUCUUCCAGAGUCUGAAACUGGGCUCCUCUCUGUCCUCAGUGAGCCUCCCCCCAGAGAGGAGGCAGAUUGUACCCAGGAGAACAGUGAACACCAAACCACCACCAAUGAACCCACAGCCAGUGGUGACGGCCUCUGCCGCCGCGUCUGCCCGGCAACAGCCCGCCUACCUCUACUCCCAGUCCACCCAGCAGUUCUCCCACCUGCCCAAAGCCGAGCCAACCUCCUGCUCUUCCUCCUCCCAGCCCUGGAAGACCAUCGAAGGCCUGACCCUCGGACCUCACCCCAAAACCAACCCUCGUCCAAGCUUCACCCAAACCCACACACAGGCCUCCAGUACCGGCAACAACCAGGACUAUUCCACCGUCAACCUGUCCGACCUCCACGAGUUCUUCCCCAGCUUCGGCUCCGCCAUUGGGCUGGAGACUCCGCCCCCUCAGCCUGUCCCCACCUCCUCCACUGCCACCUCCUCCUCCGCCACCGUGAUGCCGAGCUCGCACUACCACGUGGACCACACUAUCGACUACGACGACUUCCCCAGUUUCUCCGACGCGCAGGACGGCGGGACGCUGGAGAGCCUGAACAUGGAUGACUUUGUGGACCUGGUGAACCCAGCAAUCAGCCAGCCGGGGUGUCGCGACGGAGCUAGCGCAGCUAAUGUUCACCAGAGCGCAGCCGCAGUUGUGGAGGGGAACCCGGGGAGCACGUGGAUGGAGUACCCCACCAGCAUAGCGGACUUGCUCAACAACGAGAGUAUGAUUGACAAUUUGGGUGCGGGCAACAACGGUGGGCAGCACCAGGAGAUGCCGGACUUUGAGGUUCAGUUCAUGUCUACAGACGACGAGAGAUUUAUUUCAAUACUCACUGACAGUUAG